CUGGCAGAAUGACGUUUCUGCUUUUAUUCCUUCACCUGAGCAACUGUAUCUGGCGUAUCUCUGUCAAGCUGCAGGUCUUAGUAGGUUUCGCGAUUGUAUGGCGUACUCAUAGCUAGCUGGCCUGCUAAGCAUUGCGCUGCUAGCCUUGCUCAUCUACAAUUGGAUUCACACAUUUGGCGAAGAAGUACGCCUCAUGUGGUGCAAACGGAGGCCUAUUACCGUCGCAUGGGUCAUCGUAGCUGUUGCUGCGUCUAACAUCCCGCAAAGCAAUAGAAGCUGCACAGUUCUAACAUUUGUAGACAAAGUGUCCGACCUGUUCGACUUUCUUUUCGUGACCGCUUUGUUGGCUGCCCGUACAUUUGCUGUCUGGAACAGAGAUAUCUUAAUGACGACGAUUGUGGUCACCGUUGGCUGCACGUCGGCAGCUAUCAACGUGUAUGGCUGUUUCCUGGUGAGCAAAAUGGGUGUCGGGAAGUAUAACCAACUCUCAGACAUAGCAACUUUCCUUGCGAUGUUCAACGACUUUGUGGUCAUCGUCAUCACUCUCCUGAAGACUUUUAGGCAUGUACGCACUGCUCGCCGGCUACACAUCGGAGUAUCUCUGUCUUCAACACUCUUAGAGUGCAGUCAGUCCAUCGCCUCCACCACACCUUAGCUUUUACGAACAGCUGAUGCCUAGCCGCGCUAGGUGUUACGGAUCUUAUGCUUUUAGUCUAAGUCGGGUAUAGAAACUUUGAUCUAAAUAAGAGCUUAAGCAGGCCCAAGAGCACUCUUCAUUGUGUCCACAAUACACAUUAAACUCCCGCAAACAGGUGUCGAGCUAGAGCCAACACAAACGC